AUUUAGGUUUAAUUCUUGGCGCGCUGGCUUCUUCGAGUUGCGCAUUUCCGGUUUCUGUCGUCACUUCCUGGUGUCAAUAUGCGGCUUGUUGCGGUCCUAGAGGAACAGACACGGAGCAAAGAUGGAAACUCGCCGACCUGAGAGCUCGGGGCUGCAUGGACAAACUCAACACUAGACCCUUAAAAACCGUAUCUCCCACGCCGCUGAGGUGAACCCCAGACCGGCUUCAGCCCCUGGUUCUGUCCCGCAGCAGCAGCCGCAGCGGCGGAGCGUCAGCCCCGACUGAAAGCAGCCAUCUUCUGUGAGAGAAUGUGCAGGGCUCCGCGGCAGGCCUGCUCCUGCUCCCGGAGCCUGCUGAUGCUCGGCGCCGCUCUUCUGCUCUCUGUCACCGGCCUCCUGUCCGCGCUACCCGCUGCCACCGACGCUAAAGACUGCGACAAAGUGUGUGUGAACGGACGGUGCAACGCUGCCACCGGGACUUGCGUCUGCUUCCCUGGCUGGGUCGGGGACCAGUGCCAGCACUGCGGAGGACGAUUCAGGUUGACUGGACCUUCUGGUUUUCUGACUGAUGGACCAGGAAACUACAAAUACAAGACCAAGUGCACGUGGCUCAUAGAGGGACAACCCAACACCAUUUUGAGGUUGAGGUUCAAUCACUUUGCCACUGAGUGCAGCUGGGAUCAUCUCUAUGUCUACGACGGAGACUCCAUCUACGCUCCACUGCUGGCUGCCUUCAGUGGCCUCAUUGUUCCUGAGCGUUAUGGGAAUGAAACGGUUCCAGAGGUGGUGUCGCAGUCCGGCUAUGCACUGCUGCAUUUCUUCAGUGAUGCUGCCUACAACCUGACGGGCUUCCACAUCUCCUACAGGAUGAACAUGUGUCCCAACAACUGCUCUGGCCGCGGUGAGUGUCGUGUGGGGCCAUCUGGAGGUCAGGUUUACUGUGAGUGUGAAGACUCCUGGAAAGGUGAAGCCUGUGACACCCCCUACUGUCAGACCCAAUGUGGUUCUCCUGAUCGAGGUCACUGUCAAAACAAGACCUGCGUCUGCAAGACCGGGUGGCAAGGUCCAGACUGUUCUGUACCAACUCCUGCCAACUCCUCCUUCUGGGGCAGGGAGGAGUUCACUGAGCCUGGACUGGCCAGAGCCUCCCACAAGGCCGUGGUGGAUCAGGGAGUCAUGUGGGUGGUGGGAGGCUACGUCUUCAACACCUCCGACUAUCAGAUGGUCAAAGCGUUUAACCUGAGCAGCAGGAGGUGGUUGAACCUUCAGUCUUCUGUCAACGCUGUUACUCCACGAUACGGACACUCACUGGCUCUUCAUGAGGGAAAGAUCUACAUGUACGGAGGAAAAAUCGACUCCACGGGGAACGUGUCCAGUCAACUCUGGGUUUUCUACAUCCAGAACCAGACUUGGGUUCUCCUCAGCCCCAGGUCUAAGGAACAGUAUGCUGUGGUUGGUCACUCUGCUCACAUCAUUCCUCCUCUCCAGGAGGGAGGGAGUCCCGUCAUGUUGGUUCUGUUUGGACACUGUCCUCUGUACGGAUACAUCAGCCAGGUCCACGAAUACAAUCUGGCUUUGAACACAUGGAGUAUGGUUCCUACAGACGGUGCCCUGGUCCAGGGUGGUUAUGGUCACAGCAGUGUGUUUGAUCCUGGUACCAGAUCCAUAUACACACACGGAGGAUACAAAGCCUUUAGUGCCACUAAAUACGGCCUGGCUGGAGACCUGUACAAACUGGAUGUGGACAGGAAGAAGUGGACCAUUCUGAGGGACAGUGGGUUUUUCCGUUACCUUCACACAGCAGUGAUUGUCAGCGGAACCAUGUUGGUGUUUGGAGGAAACACACACAAUGACACGUCCAUGAGCCAUGGAGCAAAGUGUUUCUCCUCUGACUUCCUGGCAUACAGUCUGGCCUGUGAUGAAUGGACGGUUCUGCCUCGACCUGAACUCUUCAGUGACGUCAACAGAUUUGGACACUCUGCUGUUAUUAACGACGGAAUGAUGUAUGUGUUUGGAGGCUUCAACAGCCUCCUCCUCAGUGACCUCCUGAUCUACACCUCCCCAAGCUGCGCAGCCUUCGAAACUCUUCACACAUGCAAUCAGGCGGCGCCUGGUAUCCAGUGUGUGUGGAACAGUACUCAGGGAGUCUGUCUGCCCUGGGAAGGAAGCAGCUCAGGACUGGAUCUGCAGCAGAUCCCUGCGUCCUGCAGCACCAGAUCAUAUACAGACAGCGAACGCUGUGAUCAGUACAACGACUGUUACAGUUGCACCUCCAACACCAACGGCUGUCAGUGGUGUUCAGCUCAGUGUGCUUCUGUCAGCAGUAACUGCACCUCAGCCCAGGGGGCGAUAGCAGAAGGCGAGGUUUGCCCUAGAGACAACCCUUCAUAUGUGUGUAACAAGAAAACCAGCUGUAAGAGCUGUGCUGUGGAUCAGAACUGUCAGUGGGAUUCACGCAACCAGGAGUGUAUUUCUCUGCCAGAAAACGUCUGUGGUGAAAGUUGGCACCUGGUGGGAAACUCCUGUCUGAAGUUCAUCACUGCCAAGGACUCGUAUGACAACGCCAAACUGGCCUGUAGGGGUCACAACGCUGUUCUGGCUUCGCUCACCUCGCAGAAGAAGGUGGACUUUGUCUUGAAGGAGCUGCACAUCAUGAGCAUGGUGUACAAGGCCAGUGUGACUCCCUGGGUUGGUCUUCGUAAGAUAAACGUGUCGUACUGGUGCUGGGAGGACAUGUCCCCAUUCACCAACACCACGCUCCAGUGGCUGCCUGGGGAACCCAGCGAUGCUGGCUUCUGUGGUUACCUGGCUGAAGCAGCGUCCAGUGGGCUGAAGGCUCAGUCCUGCAUCAACCCUGUGAACGGCAGCCUCUGUGAACGACCAGCCAAUCACAGUGCCAAACAGUGUCGUACGCCGUGCGCUCUGAGGUCCACGUGCACCGAGUGCACCAGCAGCAGCUCGGAGUGUAUGUGGUGCAGUAACAUGAAGCAGUGUGUGGACUCCAACGCCUACGGGGCCUCGUUCCCUUUUGGACAGUGUAUGGAGUGGUACACUGUGGACUCCUGCUCACCGGAGAACUGUUCUGGCUACAGGACCUGUGGUCAGUGUUUGGACCAGCCAGGCUGUGGUUGGUGCACCGACCCCAGUAACACAGGUAAAGGUCAGUGCAUCGAGGGCUCCUACCGUGGGCCGUUCCAGACCGCGGUCCCUGCUCCCUCCACACUGCCGGGGCUGACCGCCAACCCUCAGCCGGCCCUCAAUGUCAGCAUGUGUCCACACGAUUCCAAGUAUAACUGGUCCUUCAUCCACUGUCCAGCCUGCCAGUGUAACGGCCACAGCCAGUGUGUGAACGAGAGUGUGUGUGAGAAGUGUGAGGACCUGACCACAGGACGUCACUGUGAGAGCUGCAUCUCUGGUUUUUUUGGAGAUCCCACCAACGGAGGCAGCUGUCAGCCCUGUAAGUGUAACGGACACGCCGGCAUCUGUAAUCCCAACAACGGAAAAUGUUUCUGUACAACGAAAGGAAUUAAAGGAGAUCGAUGUCACCUGUGUGAAGUUGAGAAUCGGUACCAAGGCAACCCUCUGAAAGGAACCUGCUACUACACUCUCCUCAUUGACUACCAGUUCACCUUCAGCUUGUCCCAGGAGGACGACCGUUACUACACUGCCAUCAACUUUGUGGCCACACCUGAGGAGCCCAAUCGAGAUUUGGACAUGUUCAUAAACGCCUCCAAGAACUUUAACCUGAACAUCACCUGGGCCACGAGUUUCACUGCUGGAACUCAGACUGGUGAGGAGAUCCCGAUUGUCUCCCGCAGCAACAUUAAGGAGUUCAAGGACAGCUUCUCCAACGAGAACUUUGACUUCAGGAACAACCCCAACAUAACCUUCUUUGUCUACGUCAGCAACUUCACCUGGCCCAUCAAGAUCCAGAUCGCCUUCUCUCAGCACAGUAACUUCAUGGACCUGGUUCAGUUCUUCGUCACGUUCUUCAGCUGCUUCCUGUCUCUGCUGCUGGUGGCCGCCGUGGUCUGGAAGAUCAAACAGAGCUGCUGGGCAUCGCGGAGAAGAGAGACAGGACUCUGUGUUCUCUGUGAUCAUCCUCGUCCUCAGGUUCUGACCUCAGAACUCUGACCCUAACCCUGGACAAGUGUCUGUAGUCGCUGCAGCUCCUCCACUGAGUCCCACUCUUCUCUCUGACUCUCUCACCAACUCCUGUUUUUAUGUCCCUGGAUUGUCUGGACAAAUAAAAUCUUUUACUCUCCCAGAGGACAAAUGUCUUUUUACAAUCUGUCCAAUAGAAUCACUUCAUAAAAACAUGAACAUUGAUUCACUGAAGAGCAUUUAAUACACUUUAAACUGAACACAGCUGCAGUGAGGGGAGAGGAUCAGAGCCCUCUCCUGGUUCUGUUCUCACUGUCUUCAAUUCGUUUGUAAUUUAAUAACUAACAGAUACAUUUCACCAACUACACCUGCAGUUCCACCCCAGUGCAUGCAGCAGUGCUCUUUUCAUCUAACUGGAUAAUCUUCAUCCACCACUGAGCACCACUGAACUAGUCAUACUCCAGGGCUAACGUCAGUAGUCCACGUCUGUGGUGAAACUUCACAGACAGGGGAGUCCUCCACUCACGUCACAAGUCUGUCCUACUGCACCGUCUAACUUGGCUUUUGAUAUAAGCCAGAACUCACAUACUUUAUAUCAAUCACCUUCUCUAACACAGUGGAGACAUCACAGUCUAGGACGUAAAAACAUCAGAAGAGUCUGACUGACACCUGGGAGUCAGAACGAAGGGCAAAAAAACUACAUAAACGAAGGAAGGUGAACGUAGCACAAUCCAAUGAAUGGUUAGUUACAGCAGCAGUAACAACAGCAGUUACAGCAUCAACA